GUUUGGUGGUUGAAAGAUAGGAAAUGUCAACUGGAAUACUCAGGUUUUGUUUUGACGAGUUCCUGCUCGUUGCCGUAGUAGCGAAACACAACGCGCCGUCAUUUUAAAUAUCGCGGGAACCUUGAGUCAAUGACGUCACUGUUAUCAGCUGAUUCCUUCCCCCUUUCCACCCCUUGGACCUCGAUGUCAUCAAAACAAAAACAUUUCGCCAUAAAAGAUUUCUGACUUUGUUUUGGGAUUCUUGCAGGUAGUUUGAACACAUUAACGGGAAAUAAUAUUGCUGAGACAGUUACAGUAAAAGUUCAGUGAAACGUUUCAUUAUCUUUUGUGAUCGCCACUAGCUCCUCAGCAUAAAAUAACCAUCAUGUGAAACUUUGAGGUUAAACACCGCAUCUCUUAUCAACGAACGGUUAUCGUUAUCAGUGAGUUGGUGUUGAACUUGAGACCUGCUUGGAUCCUUAGGAAUAAUAUCAACUUCUCAAAGUUAAAACAGACUUGAUUUCGCAGUUCGGAAAGUCGCGUGUGUGCUGGAAUUCUCAGUCGCGAAGAAAUUUUAUAAUGAACCCCUCACAAAUUGUACGUUCAAUGCGCAAUUCGAAAUCACUAGUUACUCGGCUGAGAGCUUUUUCGACUGUUUGCGAAUUGGAGGUAGACCGCUUGAAAGGUGAGGAUGAAGGUAUCGUUGUCAUGGGUAUGUACAGACCAAUAGGACGUAAUUCUUUGAAUAAAACAAUGACUUAUGCAAUGGACUGUGCUCUCGACAAUCUGCAAGGUGACAAGGAAGCCAAAGUGCUAGUUGUAAGAAGUCUUGUUCCCAAAGUAUUUUGUGCAGGAGCUGAUUUGAAAGAAAGACUAAAACUAUCCAAUGAAGAGGUUUCUCGAUUCGUUAAAAAAUUGAGAACGAUGUGUUCGAAAUUUGAAAAUUUAUCCAUUCCUGUAAUAGGAGCGAUUGAUGGCGUUGCUCUCGGAGGUGGACUUGAAAUUGCGCUAGCUUGUGACAUCCGCACUGGUGCCACGAAUAGUAAAGUAGGUUUAGUGGAGACGAAGUUAGGCAUUAUACCCGGUGCAGGCGGAACGCAAAGACUUCCACGUUUAGUUGGAACAGCGUUUGCCAAAGAGAUGAUAUUCACAGCGAAGAUAAUUGAUGGAGAGGAGGCAUUCACACGGGGUAUUUUCAAUCAUUUAGUGGAGCAGAAUUCAACUGAUGAUGCAGCCUACCAAAAAGCCCUUGAAAUAGCGCGUGCAAUAACAGCGAAUGGGCCAAUAGCGGUUGAAUUGGCUAAAAUGGCCAUCAAUAGAGGAUCGGAGGUUGAUGUCAACUCUGGAUUAGCAAUUGAGGGUGCUUGCUAUGAACGCGUCAUUCCUACUAAAGAUCGAAUUGAGGGUCUCAAAGCUUUCAAUGAGAACCGACGGCCUGUCUAUAUCGGCGAGUGAAACAUCUGCAGUAAAAUUUCCUGAGGAAAUCUCAAGAAAUUACUCGGCAUCUGAACAAUGAAAUGUAUUAAUCAUUGACACUGAAAGCAAAAUUUCAGUGUUUCUGGAGAUGAUUCCCUUAGAAAAGACCUGGCACAUUUCAGCCAGAGGCUGGAGAGCUGGUAUUCUACGAAAAUGGUAAAAUGUGCCAUUCCGCAGAGAGGCCCCCUGCUUCCUUGCUCUCUCCGCAAGUGUCACCUUAAAUUAUUGCCGACACAUACUAAACAAGACUCUGGCAUUUUUUGGUCUUAAGAGCUAAGCACAGUUGGAUUUGCAGAGAAGGCCCCUACUGCAGCCUGAUUUUUUUUAGCUGUUUUCUUGAUGUGGCAGUUUUUUGGCUGAAAUGAGCGAAGUCUCCAGGGAAAAUUCUCUAACUGAGCGAUUUUUUUCAGUCUGAAAAUUUUAAUUGACUACCUAAAUGCAAAAGAGGUCCAUUAGCAAUGAAAACCCUCCCACUUUAGAAUCCUCUUGAAUGAGUGCGACCAAUUAAGGAACAACCCAGUUUAGAACCAGACCUUUUUUAGCGUAGAUUCAGAUUUUGGAUCUAGUUUUACGAAGCCCAACUUGGACUUUUUUAGAUUCCUUUCAAAAAUAAGUGACAAACUAUUCACUCAGGCUACCUACUUUCAAAUGUUUUAAAAUAAAUAAUGUUAAUGAAUUUUUAGGUACCUAAAAAGGCCAAAAAAAAAAAAAAAAAAAAUUGUUCACCUACUGGCUGGAUUGAAGUAAGAAGAGGAAGGAAAAUUAUGAUGUUAAAAUGUUGUCUCUUUUUCAUGAGCUGGUCAACUUUAGUUUUAGACAUUACAUUGUAAAUGCGUUUCAGCUGGGGGGGAAAAAACGAAACAUAAAAUACUAAUACGGCUAUCUACCUCUAAACUGUAAAUAAAAACAUUUGUUUGUUAUUAAUUGAGAAUUUCGUUACUUAAUUUUUCAAAACUGUUUAAAUGACUUGAGUAUAACUGUACUGCUUUAUUAAAUUAGUGCUUCUGCUAUA